CUGCGGAAGGAAGUACGGCGGGAUAAAUCCUAAAAAGUAUCGGUCUUUACUCACUCGGCAACUUGUGGAGGAGACCUGGAUAUUAGCAUGCGCUAAGUUGGGCGUGGGCCGACUUUUUUUUUUGUUUUUGGUAGCGAUCAGACUUCCGUUCUGCAGUUUAUGCGGGGUGAAGGGACACCGUCAACUCCCUGCAAGUUUGGGCAGUCUUUUGCGUGGUAGUGUAAGUUCAUCGCAGUCCUGAAGUAUCGCAGGCGAUGGGAUGCUGCGGUAGCACGGAGAGGGCAAAGCGAGAGUGGAAGCCUUUGGAAGACCGAAGCUGUACGGACAUUCCAUGGCUUCUUCUAUUCGCAGCCUUCUGCAUCGGCAUGGGCUGCAUAUGCGGCUUUGCCAUAGUGACGGGGGCGGCCUCCAGGCUCAUCUCGGGCUACGACAGCUACGGGAACACCUGCGGCCAGAAGAACUCUCCCAUCGAGGGGGUGGCACAGAGCGGCAUGGACCAAACCAACAAUAAGUACGUCUUCUUCCUGGACCCCUGCAACAUUGACAUCGUACACCGGAAGAUCAAGUCUAUGGCGCUGUGCGUGUUCAAGUGUCCAGAUAAGGAACUGAAGACCUACGAGGACAUUGCAACGUUCGCACAGACCAAUGGGUCUGAGCUCUGCUCCUACGAGGUGCCGAAAAACAGAUACGCCAGCCAUCCGGACAGAACCACUAAAUGCCCCAAGCUCCCAGUACCACCGAGCAAGUCUCUCCCAGUAUUUCACCGGUGCAUGCCAGUGAACAUCUCCUGCUACGCCAAGUUCGCCGAGGCCCUCAUCACCUUCGUCAGCGACAACAGCGUUCUCCACAGGCUCAUCGCCGGAGUCAUGGCCAGCAAGGAGAUCAUCAUAGGGCUCUGCUUCCUGGCGCUAGUGCUCUCCAUGCUCCUGAUGUUGGUCAUCCGCUUCAUCUCCGCCGUGCUGGUCUGGAUCCUCACCAUCCUCGUCAUCCUGGGCUCCAUAGGAGGGACUGGUGUCCUCUGGUGGCUUUAUGCGGAUCACAGGAAAGCUCUGAAUGGAACGGCGCCCCAAGACGUGCCGGAUGUGGCCCGCGACAACGUCCAAGCCCUGCUGGUCUACGCCAUUGCUGCCACCGUGUUCACGCUGAUCCUGCUGCUGCUGAUGUUCUUCAUGCGGAAGCGCGUGGCGCUCACCAUCGCCCUGUUCCACGUGGCGGGGAAGGUGUUCACCCACCUGCCCCUGCUGGUGCUCCAGCCUUUCUGGACCUUCCUGGCCCUCAUGCUCUUCUGGGUCUACUGGAUCAUGGUGCUGCUCUUCCUCGGCACCGCAGGGUCUGCGGUCAAGAACAACCAGACGGGCCUGGUGGAGUUCCGAAUGCUGGGGCCGCUCCAGUACAUGACCUGGUACCACGCAGUCGGGCUCAUCUGGAUCAGCGAGUUCAUCCUGGCCUGCCAGCAGAUGACCGUGGCUGGGGCGGUCGUCACGUACUACUUCACCAGGGACAAGUCCCAGCUGCCGGCGACGCCCAUCCUGACCUCGAUGCUGCGUCUGAUUCGCUACCACCUGGGCACGGUGGCCAAGGGCGCCUUCAUCAUCACACUGGUGGAGAUCCCCCGCCUCAUCCUCACCUACAUCCACAACCAGCUCAAAGGCAGGGAAAAUGCGUGUGCGCGCUGCAUGCUGAAAGCUUGCAUCUGCUGCUUGUGGUGUCUGGAGAAGUGCCUGAAUUAUUUGAACCGGAACGCGUACACGGCGACGGCCAUCAACAGCACCAGCUUCUGCACCUCGGCCUGCGACGCCUUCGUCAUCCUGGUGGAGAACGCCCUGCGCGUGGCCGCCAUCAACAGCGUCGGGGACUUCGUUCUGUUCCUCGGGAAGGUCCUGAUCGUGUCGUGCACGGCCUUCGCGGGAGUCCUGGCGCUGAACUACCAGCGGGACUACACGGUGUGGGUGCUGCCCCUGCUCAUCGUGUGCGUCUUCGCCUUCCUGGUGGCGCACUGCUUCCUCUCCGUCUACGAGAUGGUGGUGGACACGCUCUUCCUCUGCUUCGCCAUCGACACCAAACACAACGAUGGCAGCCCCGGCAGGGAGUUCUACAUGGACAAGGCCCUGAUGGAGUUUGUAGAGAACAGUAAGAAGUCCAUGCCGGUGCGGGGCGGAGCAGAUGCAAAGGACGGCGCGGAGAUGAAGCCCAUGGCUCCCGGCUCGACGUUGGCUUGACCGAAGUCGCCAAACAAGGGGCUUUCCGAAUGACAUUCCAAGCGUUAAUCUUUUUUUAAAUCAAUGUGUAACAUGUUUACUAUGCUUUCACUCCAGGGAAAUAUAAUAUUUUAAUAGACUGUACGAUAAACUGUCAUGAUGCAUUUUAUACUGAAGCGCUGUGUAUUUAUAUAUAAUGGCUAAUGCAUUUUGGUAGUGAUGCCCUUUUUGUAAACAAGAGGAAGUUGAUGUUUAAACGGACUCAGUGCUAUAACGUCUAGAAUCUGUAUCGAUUCAUUCAGGAUUCGUUGAGUGCGCUAGAUUUAGUUUGUACUCAGAAUACAACCCCCAUCUUUUCAUCUUUUAUAACAACAGUUUUGUUUUUGAAGCAUUGUAAAUUUCUGUGCGUUUUUGUACGUCUCAGGCAUUACAGCGCGGUAUUAGAUUGUUUUGUUACACUUUUUUUUUUACUUAUUUGAAUGGGAGGCUGUUGUGUUAUUCAGAGGCAUGCUUUAUGUUUAGUCAUGUAAGCAGUUUUACACUACUGAGUUUUCUCCACUGUCGGUCAUCAGCAGCACAUUUCGGCUUUCGUUUGUCAAAGUUCUGAUUUUUAAAAUGAGCAGGGCAGGGCAUUGCAGUUCACCUCACUCUGACCAUUGGGAAGAUAGCCAUGGUUAGGAGACUGGAGUACAGUUUAUUGCCGUAAAGCUGCACUCUGAUCUGUACCUUGAUUUCCCAGGCAGUGAGAGGGAUAGGGCUGUCCUGGGACGUCCCUUAAAUUAACACAAUAACAGUGCAGGGUCUUUGACAGGGCGUGGCAGGGGAAAUUGAGAACUCUCACAGGCUAGAGCAGCACCCUAUCAGAGCAGCUGACCUAGGCUGAAAGUGUGGUACACGCCACUGAAACACCAUAGGUUGCGUGGUAACUCAGCACUUGUAUAAAAAGCAGUUGAUAAUCAUUAUCAAUGGGUUGGACGUAGUACCAUGCCCUUAAAGUGGGUCCAGCCCUCUGAUUGGUCAGUCUGCCCCUGCCUAGUGAGUAACCUUGCUACCUGAAACAAAGAGCAAUAAAGGAAAAUAAUAAUACUGGCAAUCAUUGUGGUAAAAGUAGUCUUCCCACUUUGCACUGAACAUGUUGACUGUUUCAACACUUGCCUUGCAUGGCAUUUCUCUCAGUCUUUGGCCAGACUGUUGAGGGGUCUGGAUGUGGCUGUCGGAGGAGCAGAAGGGAACGCUUACCCUUCCUCCUUGCCUUAAUCAGGUCAGUAAGUGGCGCCCCCUGCUGGAUCUCGCUGCAGCCGUAGGAGCGGUUUGAAACGGUGAGUCCUGCAAUGCUCGCGUGGUAGUGGGUUGGGGGGUCGGGGGUGAGUAACAUAAUUUAUGGAAGCCAGUGCAGCUUGCCUUAAGACUUUGAGCUAGAUUCCUGUAUAAUUUCUUCCCUCCUGUGUUUUUGUCAGUUCCUUUGUUUUUUUUUUUUUUUUUAGAGAAUCAAAACAUGAUUUAAAUGAGACAUGUAAGGUAUCUAAUUUGAAAGAAUUUACAGUUCAUAUUUAUGAACUAUAUUUUUUUUAUUUACCUGACAAUUUGACGCUGCUGUCUUAUGACAGAUUGAGGGCAACUUAAUAGUGGAUGUGAAAAUUCUGUUGUGCGUUUGAGGUGACAUGAUUCGGGUCGACCUAAAGAGGUACUGUUUGUUAAAUUCAUGUUUAAAACAUAAGCUUGAAAAGCUGUGAUGUUCAUGUACAAUCCCGCUCGAGCGAAACGGUGCACCUCGGCUCAGUCCUUGGUUACGUUCCAGUUUCCGAGCUCCUCAGCAGCACUGGUCUCUGAUCAGCCCUCAGGGUGCGCACACUUUGCGUAAUGUAUCCAGCACUGUUCAGAGAUCAGUGUCGCUAGGAUUGGGUUGGAAAGCAACCUUGUGGAGGCUGGCUCACAUGAAAGGGUCCAAAGUCAUGUGAUGCUGUACUAUUACAGGGACCUGUGAUCGUUUUUUUCCUUUCUUUUGAACUCUUGAAUACUUAAGUGUUGGCUAUAUGUACAUACAAUUACAGAAAUAACAUACCAAAAAUGCAGGAAAAAACUGACAGAGAUCAACAUUUUUCAAUGAUUUUGUUCAAUACUGUCGGAAUAAAGUGUGGAAAAAUAAUACUAUAACAGCGAUUGAAGAUUGUAACCAUGUUGUAUGUGGAAAACAGAAAUAUAAUCACAU